AUUGACGAUUCGUUUCAAAAAUGGCUAUAAGAUGGACAAUUUGAAGGCAGAGAAUCCGUCCUUCUCCAAGCUACUCGACAUCUUAGAGAGUGGGAAACUUGAGAAUGGCCAUUUAAGAACCACUGCUACGGACCUCAGCCAGGCACGGUCCAGACUCCACUAUCUAUAUAAUUAUAGGCACGGUCCAGACUCCACUAUCUAUAUAAUUAUAGGCACGGUCCAGACUCCACUCAGUGAAGCAUCGCUAUCUGGAGCAGCAGUUGCUCUGUACUGAGGUGGAGUGUGUGUUGACCUCUCGAACCCAACGCCCACUCACACAAUGCAUGGCGGCCGCUAGACUACAGCAUUGUCUGGGAUCUGACGAGCCGUUGCUAGGGGUAACCACAGAACACCUGAGAGCUGUCGACCCAAUGAGAGGAAUACAGAAAUGCAAAAAGGAAGUCAUGGCUGAUUUAGAAGUUUCCCUGAGGUCAAAGGUCGCCCGAGUGUUGAGUUGGCAGUCCCCCCAGAGAGAGUUGGGGGACAACGAGAGCAUCCGAUUGGCCAAGAUAGGACAGCUGCCGCAGUUGCUACGGCAACAGGUAGAUGAGAAUAGGAGGAACAAAGAAGAAAUAGAAGUUACAAGGAAGGAAAUUGUUGAAACACUCAAAAGAAAACACAAGGUGUUUGUAGAGAUGUGUGCUGAGUUGAGAGGGGUACUGGAGGGACUCAAGCUAGGAGUGGUGAUGGAGGCAGACCAAGCAGCCAUGGAACACACCGCCUCACAGUGCACAGCCAUGUCAGGAAAACUAGAGGUGAUGUACUACCAGCUGUUGAAGGGCGUGUGCUCUGAGGGACGGUUACAGGCACUCAAGGAAAUACAGUCUCAUCUAGAGGCUGCUCGUACUAAACUUGAUGAGAGAUUGAUCCAGUCGCGUCAGAUGUUGGGUCAUUACCACUCCCUAGGGGAGGCCUUCACCACUCUAGCUGAACAAUAUCAUGAGAUGCUAGCUAACAUUGAGAACAAAACAUGGGCUCUCAAAGAGCUCUCUAAAACCACUAGCUAAUUUUUAUUGUGUAGAAUGUCUUUGGUACAUGCUCUUUUUAUUAUCUUGUCUAUAAUAAUUUUUAGUUAAUUA